AUGCUCCCUGCCGUCGACCGGGCUCCCGAACUCGAAUACGAAUACAUGGCGGAGAAUAAUGAUGUGCGCUCCUACCACGGCGACUCCCCAUUCGCCAGUGACGACGAGAAAUCGGAGGACGAGGGCGCAUCGCAGUAUUGUGCGGAAGUGACGAUCCGAUCGAGUGUUGGCUCUGGAGCGAUGACGACCUCACUCUCCUCCGAGGUCUCCGAAGUGCCAUUUUCGAUGCCGAUGUGCAGCAACUGUUGCGCGGUGCAAACGGUUGUAUGGCGCGAGGACGACGAGGGGCUAACCCUAUGCAACGCCUGCUACUACUACGUCAAAACCCACGGUGUCAAACGCCCGCCGAGCCUCGAGUGGAGCCCCGGUCGCCAGCCAUACAUUCCAAAAACCCUCCACUGCACGGCCUGUGGUGACGUCGGCCUGAGCGUCGAUGUGAUCGGCGAGUUGAAGAAGACUUGCAACGACUACGAGACGUACAAAAUCUUCCCCGUCGAGGAGAAGCCCGCGGAAGUGGCCGAGAAGGUUGAAAGCCCGCUCAAAGAUGCUGGCGAGAAAAAGCCGAGUGUGCCGAAGGGCAUACCUUACCGCAAGCUGCGGUCCAAUCUGGUCGAGACGCAGUUAGCAGAGAAAAUCGCCAAGAGGCAAUGCGAAAGCUACAACGGCGCUGUGCCUCAAAACGACGUCCCCGUCGUCUCGACAUCCGUGCGCAACGUCAGCUACAUCGAGUUGGAGCCGUGCACGCGAAUUCGGAUUGUCAAGGUUUGCCAAUUCGUCGACUGGUGUGACGAUCUUCGCAAGCUGAGCCCGACGGCGCCGCAAGAAAAACUCGUCAUCGAAAUCAACCACCAAGAAAUCCCGGCUGACGACUUUUUGAGGCUCUACGUGGAAACAGUCGAGAUCUCCCACGACUUUUCCGAGAAGCUCAUCGACGAAGUUUGGGCAUUCCAUUCGCGAUCAAGUCAGAAAAUCCGGCAAAUUGUCGGUGCUGUCGCCCGGAAUUCGCGCGAAACCCGCAAA